AAGACGCAGCCGGUUCUGUGUGAAUGGUGAAAUAAAAUUGGAGCCAAAAAUAAUAUUUUCUUCUUGUUCGAUUGUUAAGCUUUUUCCCGCGCCCACGCCAUGACCAACAGCGCUUGAUCCAAUUUACCAAAAGGGACGAUAAUUAUCCUCCGAAAACACUGAAGUUUACCCAGUUUCAACCCAUGUACGAGAUCCAUCAUCCUGUCAUCAUCAACAACAACUACAACGUGGUGGACAUACUGCAUCCGGAGAAUAUCGAAUUCGAUGGGCCGUCUGCGGCGCGAAAGAUGAUAAUUGGUUCAUUCUCGAUGUUCGUGAUCUUCUCGUACCUGCAACUAUUCUACAUCCUGGUGGCCAUCUAUCUGGCCCUGCAUCACGCACACCAUUGAUUUGAAAUCUCUGAAGGAUCAUG